UGCCGCUGCGAACGCCAGCGUCAAAGACGCCUCCGCCUCGCCGGCUCUACUGCUGGUCCGGCUCCUGCCGCCGCUGCUGUCGCUGCAGGCCUCAGUGUCACUGGCUUAGGUCGCCGCCGUGGAUGACCUCUUCGUCAUCGACGCCGGGCAAUUCGCUCAUCGGACCCUCGACGUCUUCAAUACGACGGAAGCAUGCCGCCGCUCAUCGUACACACAUGGCCUGCGUGCCUUGUCGCGAUGCCAAGCACAAGUGCGAUGGUGUUGCUCCACCCGUUGUCUUGUACGCCCCUCCAGGCGGUGCUAGUCGAGAAGCAGUCGUCAGCGAGCAGCCCUGCUCAAGAUGCGCAGCUCAGUCACUGCCUUGCGUAUGGCAGCCAAAGGCAAAGCUAGGCAGGCCACGCAAGGAAUCGAGUGCAAGCAUGCCUGGCUCUACAUCAACAACAUCCUCAUCUUCUGUCAUCAGCCCAGCCAGGCCGCUGGCACCUCUCUCUAUACCAGCACCCACACCAGUGGCCGGAGCUUCCUCUGCUACUUCAGAUUACUUCAGUUCUCCAGGUGCAGCGACGCGGUCUGCGCCCGUCACGCCAGCGGCAUUAGGUCUAGGACUGAGCCAGCUGUUUUCACCUCCAUCGGCGCCCACACCGGCACUUCACCCAAUACUGAACACAAGCCAUCGACCUAUUUCCCGCUUCAACGUUCGGCCCGGUAGCCCAAUCCGAGAUGGUAUCCAGGCCUACUUUGCUCUCGGACUGCGAUGUUGUCUCGCCUUCCUUCCAUCCUCUCGUGACACGAUCGAGACUCUUCUGGACAAGUUUUCAACCACCAUCGCCACUACGCCUUCGAUGACAGCUCUGCCCUCCGAAGCUAGACGUGUCCUCUGUCUAGGUCGCACCCUCGCUGUCGUGGGUCUCCGCCUACGCGACGAUGGUUCCGGCGGAGGGCCGCCAGCAUCAAUGAGAGCAGAGUCUGAAACAUCAAUGAGGGCCGCCAUCUGGAAUGACCUCUAUCAAUGCUCACGCCAGGACAUCGACGAAGAUCCGCUUGAGGCUACGGCCAACUCACCGCAGAACGUCGUCUUUGCUCUGCAAACGCUUCUUCUGGGCUCUAUGCUCGAAUACGGCCUGGGCGACAUCCAACGUGCAAGGUCAAUCAUGGAAAGGGCCUUGAACAUCAUUGAGGUGCUCCGUAUCAAUCUCCUUGACGCUCCCGGCAAUCAACCACAAGGAAGAGUCCCCGAGGAGUUGAGAAGGACCUUUUGGGAAACCGCAGCUGUGCAUCACGGAUGUUCUUCUCUGCGUGGCCACGUCCGGCGACCCAGGAAGAUGCUUUGUCAGGAGAGGCCUUUAUCUCUCUGUCAAUUUCCCGACCGAAGGCGAUGAGAAACACGCUGACUCUAGGGCCGGCUACGAGCUACGCAUGCGCUCAGCGUCGCUCCUGCUGGAAUCAGUGCAAACCAUUGGCCCGUCACAUUCGGCCAAAGAUCGUCUUUACAACCUCUUUGGAAUCAGCAACGAUCUCGACGGUCAGAUAGCGAUCCGCAGACAGACGGCGGCCUCGGACAGGUCCAUCGAGAUGGUGCACUCAGCCGUGUACAUGGUCAAUGCCGCCCGCAUCCAUAUGGUCCGUGCCACACUCUUCUCGUCACUCGACUAUGGCAUUCACUCAAGCUCUCUCCAGCCAACUAACGAGCGCAUCGACG